CGUCUUCUCCCCUCCCAGGUCUGGUCUUCCUACCAUGCAGAAUUGUGCUUUCUCUCGUGGUUUUGCAAUGACAUCCUGUCCCCUAAUGAGGACUACCAGGUCACCUGGUACUUGUCCUGGAGCCCCUGCCCUGCGUGUGCGAAGCAGGUGGCCGACUUCCUGGCUGCGCACCGCAACGUGAGGCUGACCAUCGUCACCGCCCGACUCUACUACUUCUGGGACCCGGAAUUCAAGGAUGGGCUUCACAGAAUGUAUGAGGAAGGGGCUAAGGUGGUGAUCAUGUCCCCCCAAGAUUUUGAAAACUGCUGGAAAGGCUUCGUGUUCAACGAGGGAAGGGACUUUUGUCCUUGGGAGAAAACGGUUGAAAACCAUCAGUCCCUGUGCAUCAUUCUGCAGGAGAUCCUCAGACACCCGAUGGAGCGCUUGGACCCAGACACAUUCUACUUCCAGUUCAAAAACCUCAGCUUUGCCAGGGAUCGGAACACCACCUUCCUGUGCUACCAGUUGGACAGAACGGAGUCGCAGGGCACUGUCCCCCCUGACAGGGGCAUCUUUAAGAACCAGGUCCAUCCUUCCUACCACGCAGAAUUGCGCUUUCUCUUGUGGUUCUGCAAAGAUAUCCUGUCCCCUGACAAGGACUUCCAGGUCACCUGGUACUUGUCCUGGAGCCCCUGCCCUAACUGUGCGAAGUGGGUGGCCGACUUCCUGGCCGCGCACCGGAACGUGAGCCUGACCAUCCUCACCGCCCGACUCUACUACUUCUGGGACCAAAAAUUCAGGAAUGGGCUUCGCAGACUCUGUGAGGAAGGGGCCCGGGUGGCAAUCAUGUCCCCCCAAGAUUAUGAAACCUGCUGGGAAGACUUUGUGUGGAACGAGGGACGGAACUUCAGGCCUUGGUAUAAUAUGGGUAGAAAUUACCAGUUCCUGGCCAGCACGCUGGAAGAGAUCCUCGGUCCUCACUCUUGACUCAUGCCAAGGCCAGCAUUUGGCUUCUGGGAUACAGCUGGAAACCUCCUCGAAUUCCUGACCUCUGAGGCCCUUUGGGGACUGUGGAGAGCAGCCAAUCUGAAAACAUGUGGCCUGAAGACACAUGCAGACAUGUGCCGUAAGCUACUCUAGCAGGGCUAUGAGAAGCAUCUGCAUAGGAAAGCGGUACCGGGCCAACAGUUAGCGUAAUGGCUAUGUCGCUGGACUGCCAUGUAGUCGACUGUGGUUCGCGUCCCGGACCUGGUGGCUUAAACUCACGCUGGGUGCAUGUGCGUGCGUGCCCAAGAU